GGAACCAGCUGGGUCUCGAGGUCGGAGAGUAACAAUCUACCACUUCAUCCACGGAAACUUCGCCUCAAGCCAUACCAGCAUUGUCCAACACCCCUUCGCACCGUCGACACCAUGGGGUUAUCAAAAUCCACUCGGAUCAGCAUCAUGCUGGGUAUCGAUACCGUCUUCUUCCUCGUCGAACUGAUAGCUGGUAUCGCGGUUCAUUCAUUGGCUUUGACAGCUGAUGCAUUCCACAUGUUGAACGACAUCAUUUCCUUGGCUGUUGGUCUCUGGGCAGUUAGAAUCUCCAAGAGGCAGAGUACUAACAAGUUCUCCUACGGUUGGGUUCGGGCCGAAAUCCUUGGAGGUUUCUUCAAUGCUGUAUUUCUUAUCGCUCUUUGCAUCUCAAUCAUCCUCGAAUCUAUAACGCGAUUCAUCGAUCCACCCGAGAUCACCAACCCACAAAUCAUCCUUAUUGUAGGAUGCUGCGGCCUUGUUUCGAAUCUCGUUGGUUUCAUCGUUCUGGGCCACGGCGGUCACGACCACGGACAUGGAGGACACUCUCAUGAUGGAGACGAGCAUGACCAUGAUCACGGGCACAAUGACGCCGCAACCGCUGAAGAAGGCAGAGCAGGCGACGCUUUCGACGACGACGACGACGGUCCAGCCACCGACAUCUUUCCCGAGGUCGCCAUAGCAAGGGCAAAUGCCGCCGGUAGUUCGCCGGAAACUGUUCGACGCAUCCAUUUCGACAAUACCGAAGAGCGCCGUAGCCCGAGUCACUCGUCAGCGUCGAGAAGUCGCAGUCAGAGACGACGCACAGGUAGCCUCAAGCACGGACGCCUGCAGAGCAUUGAUGAUCACAGCUUCCACCCGGCUAGUUUCCGGCAGAACAUCAUCGACCACGGUCGCUCAAGUGGGGAUACAGACGACAGCUCAACUGAAGGCGAGGCCACUGCUGAUGAAAACACCCCUCUCAUUCAUAACGGCAAUGGCAAGGGUCAUUCGCACCCACACGAGCAUAAUGCGCCGUCGGGCAGAGGCAGACGUGAUUCUGGUGUCCACAAGGAGCAUAACCACAGCAAGCCAAAGAAGCCUUCCGAGAGCGGUGGUGGACAUGGGCACAAUCACGCAGACAUGGGCAUGAAUGCCAUGAUUCUGCAUGUACUUGGCGACGCGCUCGGUAACGUCGGCGUCAUUGUCACGGCCUUGAUCAUUUGGCUAUCUAAUUGGUCAUGGAAAUCUUACGCCGAUCCUGCUGUCUCCCUUCUAAUUACGGCUAUCAUUCUCCAUACUGCCUUGCCACUCACAAUGGCUAGCGCCAAGGUCCUCCUUCAGGCCACGCCAGAUGAGAUCGACAUUCAGGAAAUCAAGGAGGAUAUUCAAACGCUGGAUGGAGUUAUUAGCUGCCACCACAUUCACGUGUGGAGGCUGUCCGACACUAGGAUUGUUGCAUCCAUGCAUGUUCAGGUCGCUUUCGGAGCAGCUCAGGAGGGUGGUGCCAAGUAUAUGACCUUCAUGAAGCAAGCUCGGAAAUGUCUACAUGCGUAUGGCAUACACAGCGCAACAAUUCAACCGGAGUUUUGCUUGGAUGAGGCUUGCAGCCACAACGGCGAGCCUGCUUCUGUCGACGGUAGUUCUGCGACGCAGUGCAUCAAUGCGGAAAACGAACAGUGCCUUCUCGGUUGUACCGACGACUGCGUCGCCGAAGGCUGCUGCUCCGUACCACCGUCACAAAACGGUGCGGGUUCGGUGAGAUCAACUCAUUCGGAUCACAGCCAUCAUUAAACCUUCGUUCUGGCUACUCAUAUUAAUGGCGAAUAUUCGCUUCGGCGUUCUGUGGGCGCCGGUUGUAGUGCAUCGGGUAGGAUAUUUCCUUUUGUUUUUAGUAGAAGACAUU